CUUCCCUCAAUGGAAAAAGGUUUUCCUCCUUGAGUGUGACCGAGCCGAUCCGCCAAUGGGACAAUAAUCCUGAGAGACAACAAACAGAGAGCGAAGAGACUUUCUGCAGCGCCUCGGGACCUGAGCCGCUCUGACAGCUGGAACCUCUCUGCUCAAGUGUGUGGUUGAUCUUGACCAAUCAGAGAGCUGCAUGAGGGAAACCAGGAAGCAGCCAUGGAGCCCUGGUCUGCAGUGGCCUGGGUCCUGCUGCUGACCAUCAUGGUGGAUCUUCUGAAGAGCACCAACACCAGAGACUUCACUGAACAAGAUAUUGUAUCCCUCCACCCCUCCAGUACUCCAUUUCCUGGUGGAUUCAAGUGCUUCACCUGUGAAGAUGCACAAGACAACUUUGAGUGCAACCGUUGGGCUCCAGAUGUGUACUGUCCUCGUGAAGCUAAAUACUGUUACACUCGCCACACAGUAGACGUGGAGGGUGACAGCGUGUCAGUGACAAAGCGCUGUGUGGCUCCAGAGGCAUGUCUCUCCACAGGAUGCACUGACAUGGACCAUGAAGGAAUAAAGGUGUGCACAGCCUGCUGUGAGGGAAAUAUCUGUAACUUACCGGUGCCAUGGAACGAAACAGACGCCAUCUUCUCCAUCACCUCACCUCUCAGCAGCACUGCUGGACAUCCACCCACACUGACCUUUUCAAUCAUCAUCACUUCCUUCAUCAUCUCAAGUGCUGUUUAAAAAGUGGAGUCAAAGUCAAGGUCAUCUAGGUGUACUGACGGGACCAGGUGAACCUGUCAGUGGACCACAUGACUUCUGGUUGGACUCUUAUAUGAGGCAGUUUAGUCUAAAUUUGACAGAAAAUAAAUAAAUUCAUCAAAAACUCAAUAGGUUGUACAUGUAUAGAGAAUGUGGCCCCUGCAUCAGUUAUCACAUAAAGAAUAAUGGUUUUGUUCUUAUUUAGAAUGAUGUUUAAUUUUCCCAUCAUACAUUAUGUUUCUGUACAGUCGGCCAACCAGCAGGGCAACAGUUAGUAACAUUGAUGUACCAUUGUUACACAAAAGUAAAAUUUGUAGGAAACAAUAGUUAUAAGCUCAUCAAAAGUUUCAAAGGGCUGGACUCAAGGUUCUGCAUGUAUGUUUGUGCUGUUUCUACGACAACGUUAAACACCUUAAAGGGAAGUGUGCAGAUGACAGUACUGAUAUGGCUGAUCAGGCAUGUUCAAUAUUAACAGUAGUCUACCAGCAGGCUCACUGAGAGUUAUCCUCCAGCUGUUUUACCUCCGUCAGCUCAGCACGCUCAUCAUCCCAGUAGCAGCUGUUUUACUCACUGACCUGUCGAUGAUGAUCAUUUGGAGUUUGCUGAUGUGUAAAUGUAAAAAGCUCAUGUCCCCGUUUUUAAAGUUUGUAAUUAAAAACAGAGGUCUAGUGUUACACGUGUUUUGGUCAACAGAGGGGGCUGGGUGCUAACUAAAGCAGAUUCAGAAGUGAAGCUAAGACCAUCAAAAUAGACUUAUCCAAUCAGAUUUGUUGUUGUUGUCUCCAGGCAGAGAAAAGGUUAGCUGGCUCACUCAUUGGUUAGGAGUUCAUAACCAGGCAGUAAACUAACAAAAACAAGCAUACCCAAAGCCCCCAGCCAGAACUUAAAAGAAAUGCUUUUAGGUUGGAAGAAUUGAAGAAGAAGAAGUUGCCCGGCUUUCUGCAAUGGACUUCACGCCACAAUAUUCAUAACCUUUUAUGAAAAAUGCUUUUAAAGCUUGUAAUCUGUGGACCCUUGCGAAUUAAAGGAAUAUAAAUAACUGAGAAAUAGAUACACAAUAGGACUUCAUGACUGCUUCAAAGGUAGGAAGUCGUCAUUUGAUUAGACAACCUCCACAAUAAAUACAUGACUGUACCCCUUUUGUAUUUCAUAGGUAAAAUUUUUAACGGUAUAUAUUGAACACCAUCUGGUCACCUAAGUAAAGAGGCUUCAUCUUGUUUAAAUAUUCAAUAAUAUUGUAUGUCUUUGGAUGCAUGUACAUAUAUAUAGUAUUUAUUUUUAUAUCAAGUGUUGUGAGAAAAGUGAGUGUGUGAGUUUGAUGAUUCAAAAUGUCUAUGUCAUGAUGAACCAACCAUGAAUUGAUUUGUUUUUAGGUUCUUGUUGAAUCAUGUGGUGGAAGAGUUUGUAAAGAAGAGUAGAAAUUCCAGUGAUACUUCAGAACACAGAUUACACAAAACACAAACAUGGGACAAUCCACUGUUUUAAUGGAAAUGAAAUACUCUCACACACCACACAACCAGAAUAUCCUUUGAAAACUCUGUCAUUGUGAUGUGGCUAUAAAACAUUAUGUAUGUGCAGGUCCUUGUCCACUGUCAUAUUUCAGUGUACAUAGACCCCUGAGGCCAUUUACAAGUGAUCAGCUGCAGCAUCACUGUGUGCCAUGAUCCAGCACUCUGCAGCCAGAGUUCAGCUUUGACCUUGUUGUGAAACCUUUAAAGGGGGAGUGAGUGAGACUGAGGCUGUAGUCGAAAAAGUCUUUUUUUCUUAGGAAGGUUGAAAGUGAGUGAAAUGAGCUGAAGUAUCUGAGCAGCAGCCAUGAUCAGAGCCGGUCCACUUCUCUAAAUGAUAAGGAAAGAAGCUUCAAUGCUUCCUAUCUUAUCUCCUUUAGCAUAGGAAACACUGGACCUUCCUCUAUGGAAUGAAAGGAGAAAUGCCGUCCCGCAAUUCUUUGCUGCAGCAACAUUUAAAGGAACACACCAUUGUAGUUUCACCACGGCAGACCCACAUAAAUGUAGAAACAUCAGAGCAGCUGUUUUAUGUUUGUGACUUGAUCCAGAACUGAUGGAAAUCCUUGUUUGAUCGACUGAAGCCCAAAUCCAUAAAUAUAGAUUUAUUCUCUUGAAAUCAGUCAGGAGUCAUGAAGAACAAACAGAUUGAAUUUAUAGUUAAUAAUAACAUGGUCAUAACAAAAUACUAUAGUCUAUACAUGUUGUUGUUUCACUACAUCCCCUCCCAUUGUGGAAUGCAUAAGGAACAAUGGCUUCUGUGUAUGAAAAUGUCAAAAGUGUUUAUGUCAGGAAAAUAUGUACUUAUAUCUGAAUAUAAUUUAUUCUGAUCUCUUGUUCAGUUCCAUAUUUUCAUUGAAAUAUUAUUUUAAUGGCUCAACUUUCUCUACAUGUAUAUUUCUUUAUAUUUAUCUUAUUUCAACAUUUCAGUCCUGUUUGUUUUGUGUUUGGAAACUUAUCAUCUAUGUGUUAUAAAUAAAGUUAGUUAGAGAAAAAAAAUCAUAGUGGAAGUGCAGUCAGUACUUUUGAACUCUCCUUCACAUCUUUCCUUGACCUAAUGACAUUUUCCAUCAAGGUCGAGGAGAAGUGGUUAGAGAGGAGAUUAUUUGGACUUUUCGACUGCAGCCUGAUAUAACUCUGACUCUUUGUUGGUGCUGACAGAAACCUGCGCUACACUGUCUCUGUAGUAACCAUGGUUGAGACUGUCACAGGGCUGAAGGGUCUGGUGUGGACAGAUUACUUGUUGAUGACAGUGACUUCAGUCUGUCACUAUGAAACUGUAGCUCUGAUGUGACGGAACAGCUCUGAGAGUCAGUCGUUUAACAUUCUCUGCCUUAACACCAGACGAUGCAAAUGCUGACAGAAGAUAUAGUAGGAGCUUUACCUGGGUUAUGGCUGGGGUUAACUCCAACCUGGUCUGGUUUGUCCAGAUGAUGAUGAUGCCUGAUGUUUUUUUACUGAGUGUUUUACUGUGUUUUCUAAGAAGCUUCCUUUACUACAUGUACCAAGGCUGUUAAAGAGAAUCAUGUUUCCAUUGUGACUGAAGUCUGAUCAAUAUGUUUUGAGGUUGCACUGUCUUUCCGACAAUGCAAUGAAACAACAUGUACACAGGAAGUAGUAGUAACAUGAAGUGAAGCUGAUGUAUGUAGAUCCCACUUCCUAUGUUUAGUCACCUCUGACAUGUCUCUCAUCCAUCUCUCAGUGACAAGAUGCUGUGUUAGCAUGUGCAGUGUACUGGAGGCUGUAGAGUCUCUUACUUCUUGUCUUUUGUAUUUUAGAAGUUUUUGAUCUUGUGUCAGAUAACAUUGUUCAGGCUUUUGUUUUAACUCAAUUACAAGUGAAACUCAAACUGUUGCAUGCCAGUUUUGUGCCAACUUGUGUUACAUUUGUUGAUGCGCCACUUGUAUGUAAAUAUACAUUUAUACAUGUCUGUAGAGGUGUGAAAUCUUAACCUUUCAUGUUACAGAUGAUUUCUCAAUGUGAACAUUAACAGAAAUCAUUCACUUCAUGAAAGAGUCACCAGCAGUUCAUGUGGUGUCGUUACAGUGUUUGUGAGUAUGGAGCCAAUAAAGGUGCAUGUGUAGUGAC